AUAAACAAAAAUAAACAAACAAAUUCAAUAUUAUCUUGUCCCGUUUUUUUGAUAUGCCGAGAUUUAUUCUGCGAAAUGAGUCUAAGACAAGUUCUUCAAGUUUUUGAACAGUAUCAGAAAGACCGCACCAAGUUUGUCCAAACUAUAGCUGAGUUGGCAUCACGUCCACAGCACAUAGAGACAUUACAAAAUGCUGGUAUUAUGUCACUACUGCGGCCACUCCUUUUGGAUAUUGUACCAACUGUCCAGCACACUGCUGCUCUAGCUCUAGGCAGACUUGCCAACUACAGUGAAGAACUGGCUGAAGCUGUGGUGAAAGGGGACAUAUUGCCUCAACUUGUUUAUUCUUUGGCUGAACAAAAUAGAUUCUAUAAAAAGUCUGCAGCAUUCGUCCUACGAGCUGUUGCUAAACAUUCUCCAAGUCUAGCUAAGGCUGUAGUAAACAGUGGUGCCCUUGAAUCUCUGGCUGUUUGUUUAGAAGAGUUUGACCCUGAAGUUAAAGAGUCUGCUGCCUGGGCAUUUGGAUAUAUUGCUGCACACAAUGCAGAACUUUCUCAAGCUGUGGUGGAUGCAGGUGCUGUCCCUCUCCUAGUGCUCUGCAUUCAGGAACCUGAAGUAUCCCUGAAAAGUAUAGCUGCUUCUGCACUUAGUGAUAUCUGCAAACAUUCACCUGAAUUGGCUCAAACUGUUGUGGACUGUGGUGCUAUUGCUCACCUCUCACAGAUGACACUGAAUCCAAAUUCUAGACUAAAAAGACAAGUGUUCUCAGCUCUCAGUCAGAUAGCCAAACACUCUGUUGACCUUGCUGAAAUGGUUGUUGAGGCCGAAAUAUUCCCUUCUGUUUUGACCAGCUUGAAAGACUUAGAUAAUCAAGUGAAGAAGAAUGUUGCCACUCUUAUCCGAGAAAUAGCAAAACAUACUCCAGAGUUAUCCCAGCUUGUUGUCAACGCAGGUGGAGUUGCUGCCAUUGUUUCCUACAUAGGAGAGUCCCAAGGCAACAUAAGACUACCAGGAAUAAUGGCACUUGGCUACAUUGCUGCACAUGCUGAAAACCUUGCUAUGGCUGUCAUUGUCUCUAAGGGUGCUACACAGUUGGCUCAGAUUUUCACAGAGAAAGAAGAAGAUCAUUUACAAAGUGCUGCAGCAUGGUCACUUGGACAGAUUGGGCGCCAUACUCCAGAACAUUCUAAAGCUGUAGCUUUGACUAAUGUUCUAUCAUUUCUUCUUCAGAAAUAUUUAGAUACUUCUUCUUCUGAAGAUCUUCAGAUCAAGUGCAAGAAGGCUCUGAAGAACAUUUUACAGAAAUGUGUCUACCUCCCUGCUCUUGAACCACUCCUGAUUGAUGCUCCACCGAAUAUCCUUAAAUAUGUCAUUGGACAGUUCAGCAAAGUGCUUCCUAAUGACACUAAAGCCAGACGUUUGUUUGUCACGAGUGGUGGGCUAAAGAAAGUCCAAGAAAUUAAGGUUGAGCCAGGAACUGCACUUGCUGAAUAUGUGAACACCAUCAAUAACUGUUACCCCGAAGAAGUUAUCAAGUAUUAUUCUCCUGGUUAUUCAGAAACACUUCUUGAGAAAGUUGAAAAUUUCCAGAUCACUGCUAACUGAUUUCCAUCCUGCAAGUCUAUGGAUUUAACCUUUGCAAAUGUUUUAUCAUUUCAAUCAAUCAAUGGUCAUUUGUGUUUUAUCAAAAGAUAUAUAUUGUGGAAUAAAAUAUUUUAACUAAGAGAAAUGAA